AUGGAGACCGAAGGUAAACCUAGAGAUAUCAAGUCAAAAGUAUCCAAGUUCUUUUGGCAUGGUGGCUCAGUUUAUGAUGCUUGGUUUAGCUGUGCUUCAAAUCAGGUGGCCCAAGUUCUACUUACCUUGCCAUAUUCAUUUUCUCAACUGGGAAUGCGUUCUGGGAUUCUCUUUCAGCUAUUCUAUGGUUUAAUGGGCAGUUGGACAGCUUAUCUCAUUAGCAUUCUCUACGUAGAGUACAGAACCAGAAAAGAAAGAGAAAAAGUUGAUUUCAGGAAUCAUGUUAUUCAGUGGUUUGAAGUUCUUGAUGGGCUUCUUGGUAAACAUUGGAGGAACGUGGGCUUGGCAUUUAACUGCACAUUUCUUAUGUUUGGAUCUGUGAUUCAACUCAUAGCUUGUGCAAGUAAUAUAUAUUACAUAAAUGAUAAUCUGGACAAAAGAACAUGGACUUACAUAUUCGGAGCUUGUUGUGCCACCACAGUGUUCAUACCUUCUUUCCACAACUAUCGAAUCUGGUCAUUUCUUGGCUUGUUAAUGACCACCUAUACUGCUUGGUACCUCACCAUUGCUUCCCUUGUCCAUGGCCAGGUAGAGGGUGUGAAGCACUCGGGUCCAACCAAAUUGGUGUUGUACUUCACAGGAGCCACAAACAUUCUAUACACAUUCGGGGGACAUGCCGUUACUGUUGAGAUUAUGCAUGCGAUGUGGAAGCCACAGAAGUUCAAAGCCAUAUACUUACUGGCGACCCUUUAUGUAUUGACAUUGACUCUUCCAUCAGCAGCAGCAGUGUACUGGGCAUUUGGAGAUGCUCUUCUCAAUCACUCCAAUGCAUUUUCUCUUCUUCCAAGAUCCCCUUCCAGGGACAUGGCUGUCAUUUUGAUGCUCAUCCAUCAGUUUAUAACGUUCGGAUUUGCAUGCACACCAUUGUAUUUUGUGUGGGAGAAAGCAAUCGGAAUGCACAAGUGCAAGAGUUUAUGCAAGCGGGCGGCUGCAAGGUUGCCGGUGGUGAUACCCAUAUGGUUUUUGGCAAUUGUUUUUCCAUUCUUUGGUCCCAUUAACUCCACAGUCGGAUCGCUUCUUGUUAGCUUUACCGUCUACAUUAUUCCCGCCUUGGCCUACAUGUUCACCUUCAGAUCACCUGCCGCUCGAGAGAGUGCAGUGGAGCAGCCAUCAAAGUACUUUGGAAGAUGGGUUGGCACUUACAUAAUCAAUAUAUUUGUGGUAGUUUGGGUGCUAAUUGUUGGUUUUGGAUUCGGUGGUUGGGCUAGCAUGACAAAUUUCAUACACCAAAUCGACACAUUUGGACUUUUCACCAAGUGUUACCAAUGCCUACCUCAAUUGCCACCAUCGCCGCCACCCCACCUGCUUAAUGCCACCGCUCCUCUGCCACCACCUCCAGCCAACGUCACUCUACCCCACCACCAUAUUCACAGCCGUUGA